UUCCUUCCCUGGCCUCCACUCCCACCACCCCUGCACACAAUGUCCAGCACUUUGGGGAUCAACACUUGAGUACCCGUAACAGGUUUUCUCAGGGUCCUAGAAUGAUACGUCAGCAUCUGAAUCGUAAUGUUUGCUACCUAAUGGGUAGCAAAAAGCUACAGCAGUUGUUAAAGUCACAGGAGGAGUUGGAGAAAAAGAUGCAGAAAGAGCUGGCUACAAAGGCACAGGUAGAGCAGGAAAUGAUCCAGCUGAAUAGAGAAUUGAUGCAAACACGAGCCCAGAGGAAGCAGCUCAUAGAAGAUCAUUGUCACAUGCAAGCUGAAAUCCAACCAUUCUCAGGUGACAGCCCUCUCCUAAUGGGAUAUGUACCUGAUCCAACCAAGAAAAAACAGAUAGCACCAAUUAAGGUAUGGGAUCAACAGAUGCAACAGUUGGAGCAGAUCCAGUGGCAAAAGCAGGAACUGAUCUCCAGUUAUGAGUUCCAUACAUCAUCACUCCGGGAGGAGCUGCUGCGACAAGAGGAGAUUCAAGCCCAACUGAAAAAGAAGAUUCAAGCAUUAAAUGCUAGGAGGACAGUGCAGAUUACUCAGGAGGAGCAUAUCAAAUCACUGCAAAUGGAAAAACCAAGAAUCCAGAAGGAGGCAAAAGCACACCUUCAUAGUACACAAAGAGAUCUUGUUAAAGAGUGGAAAGUGCUAAGGCAUCAGCUGUCCAAUGUAGAGAUUUUGCUGGGGAAAAUUAUGAUGGGAAAGCACAACCAUGUCCUGAAGCAUGCGGCAGACAAAUCUAUCCUUAAGUUCACCUGGCAACUGCAAAAUGAGAACAAACAAUUGCAUAAGGAAAUGGUGCACCUCAUUCAAGAAGCCCAACAGCUAGAGGCCCAACGGACUAGGCUUCGAAGGCAGAAACAGCAGCUCCAACUAGAGCAGUGUUGCUUGGAGAGCAUCAAAGAAGGGAGGCAUUGUAAACUACUAAGAGCUAUUCCCUGCCAGAAAGGACAAAGCAGUGGGAAGACCACACUGGCCCCUUUCCCAGAAUCCAUCUCAACAUCUUCCUGCAUCUCGGCACUUAACUGACUGGGCUUCUCUGGCUACUUACCACACACUCUCUACAGUGGACCAGAAGAGGAGGAAGUCAAGCUAUGGUGUUCAUAUUUUCUUUUGGCCUCAAUGUUAUCUUCCUUCAAAGGAUAAACUUUUCUUUUUGAUGGCAACCAUUUAUGUUGGCUGCACAGUGCUAGCACAGACAUUCCAAAAUCUCAGGUUAGCAAAUACAGGUAGGUCCCCACCUGUUAUUUCUAAUUUUUGUUGCCUUGAUCUUUACACCCAUUUGUUUGAACCAUUCCAACAAAAACAGGGAAGUACAGACCUCAAAGUGCUGUAAGCAAAUCUGAGACUUCCGGUUAGGGGAAAGGGAUAUUAAACUUAUGUGCCAAGGACCUAAUAAUUGCCUUUUUGCUUUUGGUUUGUCUUGGUGUUCCAAUGAAGCAUGAAGUACUCUUGUAAAUAUGUCAAGGGGCCCUCUGGUAGAGGACAAGAAAGUGACCUUACAGAAUUGCCUAUUUCCUGGUAGCAUUGUUUUGAUUUGAUACUAAGUAGCUUAGGUUUAGCUUUGAAUUUAACUGAGAAUGGUAGGUGAAAAUAUAUGUAAGGAUUUGUCUUUUUAACAAAGCUUUGCAGUGGAAGAAAUAAUUAUCAUCAUUGUGGCACCCUAGUCUGUGGAAUAAUUUAGGAUACCUAUUCUACAGGGACAUUUGAAAGAAAAAGAAGCUGUUUUAGUUCAGAUUUCCCUUGGACAACUGUUGAAAGAGAAAAGCACCAUUCUAAAUCACCCCUCACUCUCCACCCUUCUGAAUUUCAAGGUUAUUAUAAGAUAAAUUUUAGCCCAAUUUAUUGGUAUAGAAUUAUUUUCAUGUGUCAUAUGUACAUUUAUAGUAUAUUAGGGCCCUCAUCUAGAUAUGUCUUACAACACGUUCCCGUUUUUUAGGACUAGGAGCAUAAUUUUACUAUUUCAGACUAUAGUGGUUUUAUGGUAGUUAUCUUUGUUCGUAACAUUUUUGGAAUUUUGUAUUCAUUGGUAUAGAAUUAUAUUUUCACAUGUCACAUGUAUAUUUAUAGUAUACUGGGGUCCUCAUCUAGAUGUUAAAACUCAUUCUCAUUUUUUAGGAAUAGGAGCACAGUUUCACUAUUUCAGAUUAUUGUAGUUUUAUAGUAGUUAUCUUUGUUCAUAACAUUUUCAAUCAUAUGUAUUUAUUGGUAUAGAAUAUUUUUACAUCAUAUGUAUAUUUAUAGUGUAUUGGGGCCCUCAUCUAGAUAUGUUUUAGAAUAUAUUCCCAUCUUUUAGGACGAAGAGCACAGUCUUAUUGUUUUGGAUUAUUGUGGUUUUAUAGUAGUUAUCUUUGCUCAUGAUAUUUUCAGUCAUAUGUAUGGUAUGCUUGAUAGCUUGCUCAGGAUCAGAAUCUUCAAAUUCUAACAUUUUUCAAAGGAGAAAGUAAAAUCCUUUUUAUGAUGUGGUUUUCAGCAAAAGCCCAGUAGUUCAGAUACUAUAUAUAUAUGCGCAAUUCUUAUUGAAUAAAUUGUUCAAAUGUUUUAUCUUCUGAAUUUUGGGAGUGUUCUUUAUGAGUAAGGAGAAUCUAGUGUAAAAGAUCAAGAAAUUAAAGAUUUCAUCACUGUGCCAUCAACACUUGGAAUCAGCAUUCUUUUUGUAUAUGAAGAGUACCAGCAUGUUGUAGACAGCAAAAAACAUUUAAGUCCUACCCAUGAGGCAUGUGUAGCUCUGGGCAAGUCACAUAAUGUCUCAGUGCUCUUAGUUAAUUAUCUAAGACUGUAAAUUGCAGAGAAGGUAUCAUCUUGCAUUGGUAUAGGAAGUUUUCUCACCUGGGAGUUCUCUAUUCCGGAAAAGACAUUUCCUAGCCCGCACCCCCAAUUAUUGCAUAAAAGCCAGUGAACUACAAUUUAUUCACUGACCUGGUUUUACUUAUUAAUGGCCCAAUCUAGUAUGCUUUCCAACAUACCACAAUGUCUCCUCAUUAGUACCCAUGGUACUAAUUGGUUAGUUCAUACUCUUCCUAAGUUAGAAAACUCCAUUCUUUAUACAGAAACCACAACUUGCUAUAGAAGUUUUGGUGGCAUGCAAUCAGCUUACACUUCAUACCUCCAGAUCCUUUUCCCCCCUCUUAUGAUUUCUAGCUGUAAACCUAGGAUGAAUUCAUCAUUCUUUUUCAUUAUUAAGACCAAUCUUA